UGAAGGUGUCCCGGGUGGGGCCCUUCCCGGGUGCCUCCCGCGGGGGCCGGGCGGGGCCGUGCCCGCAGCCCCUCCCUGCGGCGGCCGGGCCCUUUUAAGGAGCUCCACCCCGGGCCGAGCCAGGGUGGAGUCGUGGGGCCCUUCACACCUCGUUCGGCUCGGCUCGGCCCGGCCCGGCCGGCGGAGCGCGGCGGGAGCAUGAUCCUGCCCGCGGAGGGGAUGAGCGCCGCGCACCCGCCGAGGAGCCCCCCCCGCGCCGCCGGGGCGGGCCCAGGGAAGGUGACGCCCGCCAUGAGCUCUUCGGCGCUGCUGGCUGAGGGCCCCCUCGACCCCCCGGUGCUGCUGUCUGACAUCAAGACGGAGCCCCCCGAGGAGCUGCUGGCCAGCGACUGCGGCCAGCCCCAGGCCGAGCCCGUCGAUCUCUCCCUCAACAAAUCCAAAGUGGCAGCGGCCUCGGCCCCACCGCCGCCGCCCCCCACCUCAGUCCAGUCCUCCCCCUUGCUGGUGGCUCCCCCGCUCCCCGCUCCCGCCACUGUCUCCAUCUCGCCCUCCGGCCUCAGCUCCACCUCAGCCAUCCCAGCCGUCCUCUCGCCCGGCUCCAUCCUGGCCUCCACGCAGGGCAGCGGAGGGCAGCAGAUCCUCCACGUCAUCCACACCAUCCCCUCUGUCAACCUGCCCAGCAAGAUGGGCAACCUCCAGACCAUCCCCGUGGUGGUCCAGUCCCUCCCUGUCGUCUACACCACCAUGCCCACCGACGGCGUCACCGCCAUCACCGUACCCCUUAUCGGGGGAGACGGCAAGAACGCCGGGUCUGCUCUUCUUUCCCGCCCCCCCCCAGUGAAAAUUGACCCAGGCUCCAUGUACCCUAUGGCCAUGAGCAGCGACAGUGAGGACAGUGCCUCCGAGAGCGGCCCAGCCCCUUUCCAGGACCUCCAGAGAGAGCCGGCGACGCGGGGGCAGCGAGCUGAUUCCCCCGACCUGAAGAAGCGGCGCAUCCACCAGUGCGACUUCGAAGGCUGCAAUAAGGUCUACACAAAAAGCUCCCACCUCAAAGCUCACCGGCGGAUACACACAGGCGAGAAGCCCUACAAAUGCACCUGGGAAGGCUGCACCUGGAAGUUCGCCCGCUCCGACGAGCUGACCCGGCACUUCCGCAAGCACACGGGCAUCAAGCCCUUCCGCUGCUCGGACUGCGACCGCAGCUUCUCCCGCUCCGACCACUUGGCCCUGCACCGCCGGCGGCACAUCAUGAUGUGAGGAGCCCCAGUCCCUGGGGCACCUGGCUGGGAUCAGGGUGGGGGAACGGCGGUGGAAAACGGGGGUGCAUCCCCCCCACGCUUGGCGGAGGGACUGCAGGAGUGGAGAGGCUGAGCUCGCCCGGCGGCGAGCGAACUGUGGCUGCUCCAGGAGCCCCACCGAUGCAAAAUGUCAAAAGAUGGUUUCCAGACUGGUCCUCCUUCUCCCUUGCACCCGUUUCUUGUUUUUCCUGGGCUUCUCCCUGCUCGCAACAUCUGGAGGCUCCUCCUUGACUCCUUGCCCAGGAUUCACCCAGCAGCGGCCUCCGGACCUGCACGUUUGCCUCUUCAGCCUCUUGCCCAUCUCCAUCUCGUGUGCUUGCAGUCCCCUGUCCCCUCCCAGUCCCUGUGGACACAAUCUGGUAGCCACGGCAAGGAGAGAGGCAGGGGGGUGCUCUGCCAUCACCCCCAAGCAAUAGCUGUUGGCCUCUUUCCUCUCCAGAAAGCUGCUGCCACAGUGUCUCUGUCCCUGCGGGAGAAGGGACCCCGGCACGUUACCUCUCUGCAUCCCUCGGCAUGUGCUGGGCUGCAUGGGAGGAGCCGGGGGCUCGCAGGAGGGCCAGGGAGAACAGAAAAAGCAAGAAGGGGGGGCAAAACAGCAACCCAACAGCAACCCCCCAAACAAGACCACCACCACCACCGAAAAAAGGAAACUUUGCGGAACGUGGAACUGUGAUUUUACGGAGUUUUAAGGGGGGCGGGACGGGGUGGGGAGGGCGGGGGCCGCCAGCUCUCUGUUUUUAUUGAAGACUAUGGGACAGUUCAACCAUUUCUAAGUUAAAAAGGCAGACUGUGCCCACACGCUUUUCUUUUUAAUUGUAAUUUUUAUUUUGGAGGAGUGCCCCUCUUCCAGCCAACCCCCCACGCCACCUGUAGGGGCAUCCCCACUGUCACGGUGGGAGGGUGUCAAGAUUCGGGGUUGGAGCUUCGCGGCUGUGGGGUGGUAGGGAGGGUGAUGGGGAGCUGUGACACCCCUGUCCCUGCCCAGUCCCUGUGGGGCUGGUUGGGUGUGGGGGGAGCUUCCCGAAAGCUCCUGUUGAGCCCAUGCCUUUGGGCCUGGGGAGGAGGAACCAGUGUGGAGAGGGCCUGGGGGGACAGAGACCCCUCUCCCCUAGGAGUAACUCUACCAGAUGUUUGGGAAAUGCCUUUUCCUCUGCUUUCCAUCCAUCGGCUGAGGUGUUUCAUGGGGCAGAGCUUGGCCCCAGCCCCGCGUUGCCCCUGGCCCUCUUGGGGCUGGGCAUGGCCGGGGUUGAGUCCCCUUGGUGGCCAGUCACAGCUGGUGUUCCCCAGGGCUCUGUGCCCAGGCCAGCUCUGUUUAGUGUCUUCAUCAGUGAUCUGGGGUGAGGGGAUUGAUUCCACCCUCAGCAAGUUUGCAGAGGGCAGCAAGCUGGGCGGGAAUGUUGGUCUGCCUGAGGGCAGGAUGGCUCUGCAGAAGGAUCUGGACAGGCUGGAUCCAUGGGCUGAGGCCAGUGGUGUGAGGUUCAACACGGCCAAGUGCUGGGUCCUGCACUUGGGCCACACCAACUCCAUGAAUGCCACCGGCUGGGGGCAGAGUGGCUGGAGAGCUGCCCCACGGAAAAGGAUCUGGGGGUGUUGGUUGACAUCUGGCUGAAUAUGAGCCAGCAGUGUGCCCAGGUGGCCAAGAAGGCCAACAGCAUCCUGGCUUGUAUCAGGAACAGUGUGGCCAGCAGGACUGGGGCAGUGACCGUCCCCCUGUACUGGGCACUGGUGAGGCCCCACCUCGAGUGCUGUGUCCAGUUUUGGGCCCCUCACCACAAAAAAGCCAUUGAGGGGCUGGAGUGUGUCCAGGGAAGGGCAGAGGAGCUGGUGAGGGGUCUGGAGCACAAGUCUGGUGAGGAGCAGCUGAGGGAGCUGGGGGUGUUCAGCCUGGAGAAGAGGAGGCUGAGGGGAGACCUUCUCGCUCUCUACAGCUCCCUGAAAGGAGGGGGCAGCCAGGGGGGGUCAGGCUCUUCUCCCAGGGAACAGGCCAUGGGACAAGAGGAAACGGCCUCAAGUUGCACCAGGGGAGGUUUAGGAUGGAUAUUAGGAAACAUUUCUUUCCUAAAAGGGUUGUCAAGCAUGGGAAGAGGCUGCCCAGGGCAGUGGUGGAGUCACCAUCCCUGGAGGUAUCUAAGGACGUGUAGACGUGGCGCUGAGGGACGUGGUUUAGUGGUGGACAUGGCAGCAUGAGGUUUGAGGUUGGACUUAAAGAUCUUAAGGCUCUUUUCCAACCUAAAAGAUUGUGAUUCCAGCGAGGUCUGUGUGUGUGUCCCCAUCCCACCGCGUGUCCCCUCUCCCAAGGCCAUGCUCCAGCUGAUCGGCUUCUCCCAGGACUGCACCCUGUGUCCUUCCUCCACCCGGCAUGGCCCCCACCCCUCCGGGGACACCCUGGCCCAGAGAAGGCAAGAAACCCCCGAGGGGGAGGCUGUGAACGCCCCAGGGGUCUGGGGGCCGCUCUGUUCCCCUGAGGCUUUGGGGACGCGACCGCCGGGGACCCCACCUUGCCCUCCUGCUCUUCCCUAUGCCCCCAGCUGGGGGGGUGCAUUUCUGUUUUCCAUUUUGUUCAAAAAAAACCAAAACCAAACCCAACCCCACCAAGAUGCAAUUUUAAACUCUGGAGCUGUGAUAUUUAUACGAAACUGUUUG